CGGGGGCGGCGACUCUGAGCUGAGGAGACUUUGUGACAAACCGUGAAGGGAUCGAGUCUGUGACAGGAGAGAGAAUGACAGGGGGAGGGAGGAUUUGAAUGUCUGAAUGCUGAGGGGAAGGAGGGCGCAGGCAGCACAGUAUUUUGCUUCUAUUGCUUUUAAUUUCUUUUUUUCCUCAUCAUUUUGUGUGAAACAGAAGCAGCAACAGCAGCAGCAAGUGCCAGAGCCGGGGCUAUAGGAGGAGGAGGAGGAGGAGGAGGAGGAGGCAGCACAGAUGGAGCUGAACAGGAAGAUGCUGCAGUGAGGAGUGAGGAGCAGCUUUUCCUCAAUCAGGGGCCACUGCUUGUUCUCACUCCUGCUCCCUGGGGACUGACUCAACUGGGAUUAUUCAUCUCAUUAGCCUGUGUUCAUUAGUGAGGGAAAACAGGGAGACCCCCUAUCCCUGAGUAAAGGUACACCCCCGGCUGCUGAGGACAUGCAAUGAGUAAACUGCCGGCUGCUGAGGACAUGCAAUGAGUAAACUGCCGGCUGCAGGGAUCUUUUAUUACCCUUCCCUGCUGCUGGGGAUCUGGGGCCCUGUUGCACUGUGGGUGCAGGUUGUCCAGCAAUAAUUAGUGGGAUUAAAAUCCCAGCCCUCUGCGGUAAGAAAGCCAUGGACAGACCCCUGCCCCCCGGAGACAUUCAAUGAUCAAACUGAUGGACGUCUCCUUCUCUCCGCCUGCCGCCUGGACAGGGGAUUAUGGUGGCACUGUACUGCCGGCCUGCUCCAGCUCCCAUCAGCUCCUCUCCAUUUCAUAAGGAAAUCAAAUCCUGACCGGCUGCUAGAGGAGGAUCUUCCUGAAGGUAUUGGGAGAAGCUCCACUUGCUGCCACAUCCCCUGCUCUUCUUUUUUCACCCAUUCAGAGACAAUAAUGAAGUGUUAGGGGGUUCCUCCUCACCACAAAGAUUAUCUUCCAGAAAUCAAUAUAGAAUAACUACCCCCCCCUGAAGAAAGCCAUCCAUUAUUAGCAAAUAUUUCAUUGGCCUUCUCUCUAUACCAUGGCGGACAGGACUCCCCCGGGGUGCCAGCUGCGCUUGGAGUGGGUAUACGGGUACAGGGGGCACCAGUGCCGGAACAACCUGUACUACACCGCAGGCAAGGAGGUGGUAUACUUUGUGGCCGGUGUUGGGGUGGUGUAUAACACCAGAGAACACAGCCAGAAAUUUUUCUUGGGACACAACGAUGAUAUUAUCAGCCUGGCUUUACACCCCGACAGAAGCCUUGUUGCGACCGGUCAGGUGGGAAAAGAUCCUUACAUAUGUAUAUGGGAUUCCUAUACAGUACAGACAGUUUCCAUCCUGAAAGAUGUGCAUACCCACGGUGUGGCUGGGCUGGCUUUCAAUUCAGAUGGACAGCGCCUGGCCUCUGUGGGAUUGGAUGCCAAAAAUACAGUCUGCAUUUGGGACUGGCAGAAGGGUAAAGUUUUGGCAACAGCUACUGGCCAUUCUGACAGGAUAUUUGAUAUCUCCUGGGAUCCAUUUCAGUCAAACAGACUGGUUAGCUGUGGAGUUAAGCACAUAAAGUUCUGGAUCUUGUGUGGAAAUGCUCUCACUGCUAAAAGGGGAAUUUUUGGGAAAACUGGAGAUCUGCAAACCAUCCUGUGUUUGGCCUGCGCAAAAGAUGAUGUCACAUACUCGGGGGCAUUAAAUGGUGAUAUCUAUGUAUGGAAAGGGCUCACUUUGACACGAACCAUUCAAGGAGCUCACAGUGCUGGGAUAUUUAGCAUGUAUGCCUGUGAAGAAGGCUUUGCUACAGGAGGAAGGGACGGCUGCAUACGCCUGUGGGACACCGAUUUCAAGUCAAUCACUAAAAUUGAUCUUAGAGAAAGUGAACAAGGUUAUAAAGGGCUUUCUAUCCGGAGUGUCUGUUGGAAAGCUGAUCGAAUUCUUGCUGGGACCCAAGACAGUGAAAUAUUUGAGGUGAUGGUGAGAGAAAGAGAUAAACCCAUGCUCAUAAUGCAGGGACACUGUGAAGGAGAGCUUUGGGCUCUUUCUCUGCACCCUAAGAAGCCCUUAGCAGUUACGGGCAGUGAUGAUCGCUCAGUAAGAUUAUGGAGCCUCGCAGAUCAUGCGCUCAUUGCCCGCUGCAAUAUGGAAGAGGCAGUACGGAGUGUGGCUUUCAGUCCCGAUGGAUCGCAACUAGCUCUUGGAAUGAAGGAUGGCUCCUUCACUGUACUCAGGGUUAGAGAUAUGACAGAGGUGGUGCACAUUAAAGACAGGAAAGAAGUGAUCCAUGAAAUGAAAUUUUCCCCGGAUGGCUCGUAUCUGGCAGUGGGCUCCAAUGAUGGCCUUGUAGAUGUCUAUGCAGUUGCACAGAGGUACAAAAAGACUGGAGAGUGCAACAAGUCUUCCAGUUUUAUAACUCACCUCGACUGGUCUGUGGACAGCAAUUACUUGCAAACAAACGACGGUGCUGGAGAAAGACUUUUCUAUAAGAUGCCUUCUGGGAAACAUCUCACAAACAAGGAUGAAAUCAAAGCAAUUCAUUGGUUUUCAUGGACGUGUGUGGUGGGACCUGAAGUGAGUGGAAUAUGGCCAAAAUACACAGAUAUUACAGAUAUCAACUCAGUGGAUGCCAAUUUCAGCAGCACAGCAGCAGUGACUGGAGAUGACUUUGGGCUGGUUAAAUUGUUCCGGUUUCCCAGCUUGAAAAAAGGAGCCAAAUUUCGCAAAUACGUUGGUCACUCGGCACAUGUGACUAAUGUUCGGUGGUCACAUGACUGCCAGUGGGUUUUAAGCACCGGGGGAGCAGACCAUUCUGUUUUUCAGUGGAGGUUCAUUCCCGAAGGAAUAACAAAUGGUGUGAUUGAAACGGCUCCUCAAGAGGGGAUAAUUGAUUCCUGCAGUGAUGAUUCUGAUUCUGAUUUGUCCGAUGUCCCAGAACUGGACUCCGAUAUUGAACAGGAGACUCAAAUCAACUAUGAUCGCCAGGUUUACAAAGAAGAUCUACCUCAGCUGAAACAGCAGAACAAAGAGAAGCAACAGUCCUUGCCUUCCCUCAAAAGAGAGAAAGCCCCAGACGAGAGUCUAAAGCUAAAAUUUGUACAUGGUUACAGAGGCUAUGACUGCAGAAACAACCUGUUCUAUACUCAGACUGGUGAGGUGGUGUAUCAUGUAGCUGCAAUAGCUGUGGUAUAUGACAGGGUGCAGCACACCCAAAGAUUCUACCUUGGCCAUGAUGAUGACAUCCUGAGCUUGGCCAUUCAUCCAGUCAAAGAUUAUGUAGCAACUGGCCAGGUUGGGCGAGAUGCAGCCAUUCAUGUGUGGGAUACUCAGACCCUGAAAUGCUUAUCUCUGCUCAAAGGGCAACAUCAGAGGGGAGUCAGUGCCUUGGAUUUUUCAGCUGAUGGUAAAUGCUUGGUGUCUGUUGGCUUGGAUGAUAACCACACCAUCGUAUACUGGGACUGGAAAAAAGGAGAAAAAAUUGCAAGUACAAGGGGGCACAAGGAUAAAAUAUUUGUUGUGAAAUGCAACCCCCACCAUGUUGAUAAACUUGUGACGGUUGGAAUGAAACACAUCAAAUUUUGGCAGCAAACAGGAGGAGGAUUUACAGCGAAACGUGGAACAUUUGGCACUGUAGGAAAGCUGGAGACCAUGAUGUGUGUUUCCUAUGGCCGUGCAGAAGAGCUUGUAUUUUCAGGCGCUGCCACGGGGGAUAUUUAUAUUUGGAAAGAUGUUGUUCUGCUUAAGACAAUCAAAGCACAUGAUGGCCCUGUCUUUGCCAUGUACGCACUGGAUAAGGGCUUUGUAACAGGAGGCAAGGAUGGUGUGGUAGAACUUUGGGACGACAUGUUUGAAAGGUGCCUGAAAACGUAUCCUAUUAAAAGAGCAGCACUUUCUCCUAGCUCAAAAGGUUUACUUUUAGAAGACAAUCCUUCUAUCCGUGCCAUUACCUUGGGACAUGGACACAUACUUGUCGGGACUAAGAAUGGAGAGAUACUUGAAAUAGAUAAAAGUGGUCCAAUGACCCUGCUUGUUCAGGGACAUAUGGAAGGAGAAGUUUGGGGUUUGGCAACCCACCCACAGCUGCCUUUAUGUGCCACAGUGAGUGAUGAUAAAACACUUCGAAUCUGGGAGCUCUCCUCCCAACACCGCAUGCUGGCUGUGCGGAAACUUAAAAAGGGGGGGCGAUGCUGUGCCUUUUCGCCUGAUGGAAAAGCCUUAGCUGUAGGUCUCAAUGACGGCAGUUUCCUGGUGGUCAAUGCAGAUACACUUGAAGAUAUGGUAUCGUUCCAUCACAGGAAGGAAAUGAUUGCUGACAUCAAGUUUUCGCCAGAUGCAGGGAAAUAUCUGGCCGUGGCUUCCCAUGAUAACUUUGUAGAUAUUUAUAAUGUGCUGACGAGCAAACGCGUUGGUAUCUGCAAGGGAGCAUCAAGCUACAUCACCCAUAUUGACUGGGACACAAGAGGAAAGCUGCUGCAAGUUAAUUCUGGUGCCAAAGAACAAUUAUUUUUCGAAGCUCCAAGAGGAAAACGCUAUGUCAUUAAAGUCGCAGAGAUGGAGAAAAUUGAGUGGCACACGUGGACUUGUGUGCUGGGCCCGACUUGUGAAGGCAUCUGGCCCGCUCACAGUGAUAUAACGGAUGUGAAUGCCUCUUCUCUUACCAAAGACAGGAAAGCUUUAGCCACAGGCGAUGAUUUUGGAUUUGUGAAACUCUUUUCGUAUCCCGUAAAGGGUUGUGAUGCCAAAUUUAAGAAAUAUGUAGGACACAGUGCCCAUGUGACCAAUGUCAGGUGGUUGUAUGAUGACUCCACCUUGCUGACAUUGGGCGGAGCAGACACAGCCCUUAUGAUUUGGACUCGUGAGGCUUUUGGGAGCUUGGAAAAUAAACCGGUGGACAGUGAAGAGUCGGACACGGAAGCAGAGGAAGAUGGAGGUUACGACAGUGACGUGGCAAGAGAGAAAUCAAUUGAUUAUACGACAAAGAUCUAUGCGGUGAGCAUCCGGGAAAUGGAAGGCACGAAACCUCACCAGCAGCUUAAAGAGGCAUCGGCGGAGGAAAGGUUCAGAUACCAAUGUAACCUGCCAAAAUCAGGUGGUAGUUUUGGUGUUUGCGAGUAUUUUGACCCCUGCUCAUCUCUAAUCUCUAUGGUCAUGCAAUUUCUGAAAAGGCAGGGAAUUGUCAAGGGAUCAAGACCAUCAGUGAGCAGAGCUGUCCCUCAGCCGGAGAAACUGCAGAAGAACAAUAUUAAUAAGAAAAAGAAGGUGAUUGAGGAGCUGUCGUUGGACCACGUGUUUGGCUACAGGGGAUUUGAUUGUCGAGACAACCUCCAUUACCUGAACGACUGCACUGAUAUCAUUUUUCACACAGCGGCUGCCUGCAUUGUACAGAACCUUUCUACAGGAAGCCAGAGUUUCUAUUUGGAGCACACAGAUGACAUCCUCUGCUUGACUGUCAAUCAGCACCCAAAAUAUAAGAACGUCGUUGCUACUGGUCAAAUCGGUGACAUUGCUGAAUACUCAGGAGCCACUCCUUCCAUUCAUAUCUGGGACGCCAUGAGCAAGCAGACCCUGUCCAUCCUGAGAUGUUUCCAUGGUAAAGGAGUGGGCUGCAUUAACUUCAGUGCUACCGGCAAACUCCUGCUGUCACUGGGAGUUGAUCCUGAACACACUAUAACUGUGUGGCGAUGGCAAGAAGGUGCCAAAGUAGCCAUUAAAGGAGGCCACGCUGAGAGGAUAUUUGUGGCGCAGUUUCGGCCAGAUUCGGACACCCAGUUUGUCUCUGUUGGAGUAAAACACAUCAAGUUUUGGACAUUGGCUGGAAGUGCGUUGCUGUAUAAGAAAGGAAUCGUCGGAUCCGUGGACAACGCCAAAAUGCAAACCAUGCUUUCUGUGGCCUUUGGGGCUAAUAGCCUGACCUUCACCGGUGCCAUAAACGGAGAUGUCUAUGUGUGGAAAGAUCACUUUCUCAUCCGACUCGUGGCCAAAGCUCACUCCGGCCCUGUGUUCACCAUGUACACCACUCUCCGAGACGGCCUUAUUGUAACUGGAGGGAAAGAGAGGCCGACAAAGGAAGGCGGAGCCGUUAAACUGUGGGACCAGGAGAUGAAACGUUGCCGGGCAUUUCAGCUGGAAACUGGGCAGACCUUGGACUGUGUGCGCUCCGUGUGCAGGGGAAAGGGCAAAGUCCUGGUGGGAACCAAAAACGGGGAGAUUAUUGAAGUGGGGGAAAAAACUGCUGCAUCAAAUAUCAUCAUGAAUGGACACGUGGAAGGGGAGAUAUGGGGGCUAGCCACGCACCCCUCCAAGGAAAUCUGCCUCACUGCCAGUAAUGACGGCACAGCCAGAAUAUGGGACCUCGCUGACAAAAAGCUGCUAAACAAGGUGAGUCUGGGCUUCUCUGCCUGCUGUGCUGCCUACAGUCCCAACGGGGAGAUGGUGACUAUCGGCAUGAGGAACGGAGAGUUUGUCAUUCUACUUGUCAACUCACUCAAAAUAUGGGGCAAGAAGCGAGACCGGAAGGGAGCCAUACAGGACAUCAGGAUCAGUCCGGAUAACAGGUAUUUGGCAGUGGGAUCUGCAGAGAACACGGUGGAUUUUUAUGACCUCACACAAGGCCCCUCGUUGAACAGAUUCGGUUACUGCAAAGACAUCCCCAGCUUCGUCAUCCAAAUGGACUUUUCCGCUGACAGUAAAUAUAUUCAGGUGGGCACAGGUGCGUAUAAACGACAGGUACAUGAAGUGCCAUCGGGGAAGCAGGUGUUGGACGGAGCAGCGAUCGACAGGAUUACGUGGGCCACGUGGACAAGCAUUCUGGGAGAGGAAGUGAUGGGGAUCUGGCCGAGGAAUGCAGACAAGGCGGAUGUGAAUUGUGCGUGUGUGUCGCACGCUGGGAUCAACGUUGUCUCCGGCGAUGACUUCGGCCUCGUCAAACUCUUCGACUUCCCCUGUACCGACAGAUUUGCCAAACACAAGCGCUACUUUGGUCACUCGGCCCAUGUGACUAACGUGCGGUUUUCCCACGAUGACAAGUAUGUGAUAAGCACUGGAGGGGACGACUGCAGCGUCUUCAUCUGGAGAUGUCUAUAGGACGACGAGGAGGAGGAGGAGGAGGAAGACGAUUGGUCGGUGCAUUUCUUCGGGUCGGACACGGAGGAUCCCUAAGUGCUGCUCUAAUAAUAAUAAUAAUAAUGAUAUAAAACUGUGAUCUGUUCCAUUCACCCCCAUUUCUACAUUUAAUUCCAUGUCCCGUCGGGCCGCAGAGCUUGCAAUUCUCUGGCUGUUCAGUAGAGUUAAUGACCAAUCAGAAUAUGUUUACACACGGCUGAUAGUGACGGCUGAUUGGAGGGGAAGUGAAGCUGCGUCCAAUCAAAUCUCCCCGUGCCACUAAUGACGUCAUUUCCAUGUGACACAAGCCACGCCCCCGGCUCUUCGCUUUCUUUUUGUUCAUAAAGUGCCUUGAACCCCCCCCCUCGGUGCUAUUGGGCAAUAACGGCUGCAAGUCACGUGACUAAUUCAUCAGUGACCAAUAAGAUCAGCCCUCGUGUCAGAUCCUUCCCCCAACGUGUAACACGGGCCCCUCACUAACACAUCUGACCCCCAACAGCCACAAACCUUCCCCAUCAUCUUGUAUUGGGGGCACCCACAAAAUUGCAUGGGACAAUGUUACACCCCCAUAUGCAAAAUUCCCUGGGCGCCGCCCCCUUAUCCACGUGACGUUGCCAAACCCCCCCCCCCUGUGACAAUUCAAUGUGGAUUUUCCCUACGACAUUUAUUAUUAUUUUUGCCUUACGUUGUGCCCCGCCCCCUGCAGUCACGUGAUCUGUUUUACAUUAACACCUUCAGUGCCAGUCGGUUAUUUCUUUUCACUGUAGCGUUGGCCCAGGGUCACCAUUUGUGGCCACGUUGUAAAAAACCACGGAUUGUAGUUGUGACGUGGUGAUUCGUGGGUUCAUGUGGGCGGAGCCAUAGAAUGAGUGUUUUCCCCCCCGUUUGUCGUGAGUGUGAGAGGCCGGACUCCCCGCAUCUGUAUCAUAAUGUAAAGAAUCCAGAAAUCAUGUAGAAAAUUAUUUUUUAACCCAUUCUCUGUGCAGAUUUGGAAUUUAAUUUUGUGUUGAAUAAAAGGAGGUGAUGCUGCUGCUUUA